AUGACGCUUAAGCUGACCCUCCAAGACAAAGAAGACUGUCGUGACCUCACCAUGCAACUACUUGAUCGAGCGCUUUACGAUUGUGAUGAACUUGGUUUGGGAACGACGCACGUUGCAAGCCACGCAGACAUGAGCAGUAGACGAUGGAAGAAACUGCAGUCGCACACGAAUGUGACAUUGUACGCUGAUCAAACGGCUAAUUCUGCUUGGCAUCCCGUAAUGAAUCGUGAAGACUGGGAACAUCCGGUUGCAGUGGUUGCUAUAUGUCAGCUGAAAUGCUCCGUGGACGACAUGCUACUAGCAUUAAUGGCGCCUAGCUUGACUACUGUACAUUUGCGAUGUUUGCUACUGGACCGACCCUCCCAACACGCCGAGCUGGUACCAAUCGUGAAGCCCACAGAGACAUCUCCUUUCCAAUUUCUUGGAGUGCUGCGGGUUGUAUACACGCAAAACUGGCCGAUGACGAUGUUUAUCAGUCCACGAGAAAUGGUGCUCAUGAUUGCCACAGGUGACGUAGUCACAGCAAAUGGAAGGCGCUUUGGCUACGAAAUACUUUUGUCGGUUCCCAUAUGUCGUGGAUCCGGCAUGACACGUACUCAAGUUCUUGAGACUCGCGUUUUCUGGGAUCAGCCGGACGGAACUGUGGGCAUGUACAUUAAACAUACCAUCGACAUCAAAGCUCAUUUUCCAGAGUCGGUGAAGAUAGGAAUAAUUUGUCACGAAUUCAUGCGCUUCUGGAAGUUCAUACCUUGUUCGAUUACGACAAAAAAGUUGCGAUGGUGUUUAAAGUACAAGAGGAUAUUGAGUUGUGGCCUCCAGAGUCAGUUUCAAGUCAUGGGAGGUUCAGUCAGUUGUGGUGGAUGUGGGACCUAUGCACCAAAACUUGUAAAUGGAAAACCAAGAAAAAAUGACGGGUACCGGUGUACACUUUGCGAUGUGUGGCUGUGCUGGAAAUCUUCUUGUCGUACAUCUUGUCAGGUUACGGCUGCACUUGGUGAAGGAUCUAGUGUUGGUGAAAAAGAAUUAGCUCUCUGCCCACGCUGCAUUCUCUUUGCACAAAACGCAAGCGCAGCGAAUAUCGCGUGCUCUGAGCUGCCUGGUUGCUAG